AUGGCGCAGGUGCGACCAUCAGCGCCGGGGCGCAGCGCAUCGGUCCAUGGGUUUGAAAGCAAGCUUAGCCAACAGUUAGCCCAACCUCAAUCUGAUUCGGAAAAUCAACUUGAACCGUCGCGCUCCCCAAAAUCGCGAUCAUUGUCUGAUGCGUCCAGGCCGACAUCCUCCACCCAACCAUCUACCGGUGACCUCAGUCGUCCACAGAGCAAAGACGAUAAUGCGAUCCCCUCUCUUCCCGCUACUCCUAGACGAUCAAGUGUACCUCAUUCAAAUUUCUCACUAAACUUGCCUACCAAACCCGCCGCCGUGUCACCCUCACUUACGAACCGCGCCCCUCUCUCUCCCAAACUCGACCCAUCACAUACCUACGGAUCACCGGGAUCUGUACUUCCACGACGAUCUCGGGGCCUCGACUUCUCACGCGCAUGUACAAAUCUUCACCAUUCUACGCUCGCCGAAUCGUCGCCGGAUUCAUCGCCCAUCGUUGGAGGGCGGGGCAUGCCAAUUCCUCCACGACGCGGAUCAAUCGGAGCGACAUCCAUCCUACCUUACUCAACAUCAGGCCCGGUAGACCGUACCACGAUAUCAAGCUCUAUGUCGAGUGUAAAUAUGAUGGAGUCAGACACGAGCAGUAGCGAGGAAGAUGAGUCGAUGGGGGACCGCGACGACAUCAUGAUCAACACACCGCAGGCAACGCGCAUCAGCGCACCGAGUCCGUUCGCUAGUAAUAUCCAGAGCCCAGGCAACGAAUGGAUGGGUGGAUAUUCACAAGCCGCUGCCAGUUUGAUGAGCUUCCAACGUGCGCGCUUUCGAAAAGGCCGUAGCCGCCACAGCUCCAGCAGUGCCAGCGGAAACAGUUCGAAGCCUAGCCCUACCCCCCACUCUCCACCCAUAUUGAAGAGUGUUGAGAACUCCACAGGAGGCUAUUUUGCCCCACGAAAUACUGUGCAUUCCCGAAGAGAGAGUCUCAGCUUCGGUACCCGCGACCUCCGUUUGUCCGAUAUGAGUGACGAUAGUGAAAAUCGCGUGACGCGGAGUGGAAGCCCAGUUUUCACACCACAUUCGGAAGGUGGUGGGCCUCUAGGAGUAAUCCGUCGUGCCGUGACUCGACGAAGUAGCUUACUCCCCAAAACCAAAACUUUCGCACGUAUUCGCGCCGCUUUGAUGGAGGAAGGUGCUCCAGUUGAUAGUGACAUGAAACGAGAGGCAGAAGUCGUCCGGCAGGUCCGUGACACCGAGCCUGAACCAACUCCUGCACUAGGCGAGUUCACAUCAUUGCAGCCCUCUUCCUUUGAUUUGGCCCAGGCCGAUGAACCAGCUAUCAAGACGGAGAUAGAUGCAUCAUCUUCGGACACUUUUGGCAAGCAAGCCAGUCGCAAUUCUGGCGCGGAGUUUUGGAACUCGUUCGAUGGACGAUAUCGAACUCCACCCCCGGCUCGUCAGGGUGGCCCCUCAUCUGUGGCAGAUGACGAGAUGUGCAUGGAUAUGACUCCAUCUACAACCAUUGGUUCUAUCACGGCAGACUCAUUCAAGCCACGUUCCCGCUCCUCUACCCCCCAUGCGCCUGUUAUGCCAAGCAUCGGGGAGAUUUGUCGCAAGAGGCGUCGUGACGAUGACUUUGAUCCUAAUCUUUUCAAGCGCCGGGCUGUUUCGCCCAGUGUAAGUGCUCAGAGUAGCCCGGUGAUGACCCACUCCAACAAUGUCAAUGACAUGGGCCCAAACAUCUGGGGUCCACCACCAAAGCCGGGGCUUGGUGCACCUUUCUCUGAGCGACUCAGUGCGGAAUCCGUCAGCCGAACAACCCCUCAUGCUGGAGGUAUGAAACGUGUCGGUCUACAGGGGAUGACCGAAGCUAGUGAUGGCUUUAUGAAUAUGAGCAUUGAUUGA